CUGAGAUCCUCCGGCAAAUCGUCGUCAAUACGAUCGUUCCAAGAUCCUUGCAUUUCGGAUGCUAUUGUCGUUCUGGAUCUAAUCGAUGCGAUUAAACCUAAUGUCAUCAAUCAAAGCCUGAUAAAAACUGACAAAAGUUUGGAGAGCAGAAUGGAGAACGCCAAGUAUGCUAUCACAUGUGGCCGAAAAAUCGGUGCCAAGAUUUACGCAUUGCCCGAGGAUAUUGUCGAGGGGAAACCAAAGAUGGUAAUGACUGUGUUUGCCUGCCUUAUGGCGCGCAGCUACAUGCCGGACAUGAGGGAAUCGGCUGCACCUGUAACGCCAAUGAUGAGCUAG